AUGCGGUUUUCGUCAAGACUUCAUAUCCUCAUCGGCUUAGCCGUAGUGGGAAUUUUAUAUUUCUCAUGGUACCUAGGCGUCUUUUCUGUGGAAACCCUGAGGAACGGUUACUUCGACAGUCCAGUUUCGUAUAGACUGGUAGUCUUUGGGGAUUCAUGGAGCGAUGACGGCACCAUAUACAGGCCACUUCAAACACAGGUGUGGCCGGAAAUGCUCUGCGCCCAGUUCCAAUGUACGCUGGAAGUCACAACGGAUUCUCCCGAUCCUUCAUUCGGUGCGAUCAUCGACAACAGCGAACUCAACAACACGGGAGGGGAAACAGCGGCAGACCUUAAUGAUCAGAUGUCUGGAUGGUUGAAUAAAGAAGAGGACGCCGCUCGCGGUGUCCUAGGAAAAGCAACCUCAAGACUAAAACAAAACACCAUCUUUGUUGUGUCCUUCGGGACUUGGGAUCUCUGGCAACUUGCCGCAGAAGACCUAGACACGGCUAGGGAAUCCGUCCAACGAAUUGUGGAGAAAAUGUUUGCGUAUUUGGAUGAACUCGCAGAGAUCUGGUCGCGCAAACACACUAAGAUAAUACUUUCACUGCCCGUGGAUGUGACAUUCCUACCUGCAUUUAAGACGAGGCAAGGGGUUCUUCAAAAGGAUGCCGUUAACUUGACUGACCACUGGCACAACGAAGUACGAAGCCGGGCUGAACAAUGGAAAACCGGCUCGAUUUUUUUGCUCGACACAAACUCGUUUCUCAUUGACCAAGUUCGAGAAAGACAGCUGUGGGUUGGCGGGUUGAUUGAGGGAGAAGACUUUGGUAAAAAUGGUAUCGCGUGGGAGAAUGUCAACGAGCCUUGCGUCGGCCCAGCGAAGUCUCGGUUGAAACGGAAGACAUGCAGUGACCCGGAAAAGUUUUUGUUCUGGGAUUCACUGCAUCUCGGGCCAGCGGCCCAGCAGUUAUUGGCAGCAGAAGUUUUCAACGCCAUCAAAGAACUGUGGUUGAAGUGA